AUGGGAUUUGCAGGCCUUCUUAUUCCCGACAUAAGUGUAUCACCCGUCCCCCGAGAAAGGUCAACUUCGUACGGAUCUGCGGACUUUGGUCGUAUCUCGCCAUAUCAAGAUGGAAGUGGAGGGGAUAACCAGUCAUAUUUCGCUGCCGAAUCGGAUAUGGUACCCCUUACUGACCCGGCGCAGCUACAACCCAUCAGUGGUGCACGCCCCUCAGAAAUGGAAGCCCAGCGACAUGAUAGAUCUAGUUUUCGUUCUGUAAGCUUUAGCUCACCAGGACCGAAACAUAGGAUUUCUAGGCUUGGGGACGACCUUGAAAAUCUUGAAGGUAGACCGUCGCGGUCAAAAGAUUAUAUGUAUGGAGCAUCCUUGACGCCUGAUGGUAGGACGAGGUCGCGAUCACCAUCAACUGCAACCGCACUCUCGAGGGCUGGAUCCAUCGUAAGAGCAAUGUCGCAGCGUGUCGUUAAUCUGAGUGGUGAAGCUGAGCUUAUUGAAGAGAGCGCUCGUCGAGAGGCGUCUCGACACACUUCUCGUAGGGCUUCCCGACGGAGUCGAGCGCUUUCCCAAGAAGAAGAUAUCAGAUCCGAAAUAUCAAGCCUCAGUGAAGAGUCCGAACCACAACUCCGACGUAAGGCUGAUCCAAUGGGUGCUGGCCCGAACUAUGGGGCACAACCUCCUACCGCACCUGAAACACCAAAACCGCCGAAUCCUCUGAAGGGUAAAUCCUUAGGCAUAUUUUCUCCAGAGAGUAGGAUCAGAAAUAAGUUGUGCGACCUCUUGGUUUACCCCCUCACGGAACCUACAAUUUUACUCCUUAUCGUGGUUCAGACUAUUCUCCUUGCUGUCGAAUCAUCUAAAAACGUUUAUACGACUGGAAAUGAACGCCCAAGGCGAUGGGGCCACACUGCAAUCGACUACGCUUUGCUUGCGCUGUUCGUCAUCUUCACUUUCGAAAUUGUAGCUCGAAUCAUUGUGUCCGGCUUCAUUUUUAAUGCCCCUGAAUACGGCGAAGGGCAUGGCACAAGAAGUUUGAAGAAGGCAAUAGCCGAUAAAUACCGUGCUGUUUUUGCACCUCAGAGGCAAAGCUCUCUCAAAGCUCCUCGAACGGCAACGUCUUUCAGCGCCCCUGAGCUUCUUCGGUCCUUUACCGCAAAACCAGGGGAAGGUAUCCGAACUGUGGAACAGGCACAGCGCAUACAGCUAGCCCGGCGAGCCUUUUUACGACACUCGUUCAAUAGACUUGACUUUGUCGCGGUCGUAUCCUUUUGGAUAGCUUUUGUCCUGGGCAUCAGUGCGAUAGAAAGCGAUUACCACCUAUAUAUUUUCCGUAUGCUGAGUUGCUUGCGAAUUCUCCGAUUACUUGCCAUAACGCAUGGUACCUCUAUCAUUCUAAGAAGUCUGAAGAAGGCCACGCCGUUGCUUCUCAACGUAUCUUUUCUAAUAGGCUUCUUCUGGCUCCUCUUCGCAAUUAUAGGCGUUCAUAGCUUCAAAUCCAGUUUCGAUCGUCAAUGCGUUUGGCUCGAUCCAUCAGAUCCAUUCAACAGUUCUGGCCUGGCCUAUACAAAUGUCUUACAAAUGUGCGGCGGGCAACUCAACAAUGUCACUGGUGCCCAUGAACCUUGGCUGAUUGGCCCUCUGACCAAUCUCACAAAUGGCUCCACGACUGCCAAAGGUUAUCUCUGUCCCCAGGGAUCAUUAUGCCUUCAGCUUGAGCCGGACCAGCUUCCCUAUAAUGGAACGGUCAGUUUCGACAAUAUAUUCCAAUCGUUGGAACUUGUUUUCGUCAUCAUGACAGCCAACACCUACUCGGACCUCAUGUAUUACACCCUUAACUCCGAUUAUCUCGCAGCUGCUCUAUUCUUCGCUGCUGGUAUCAUCAUAAUGACGCUGUGGCUUCUGAACUUGCUCAUUGCUGUGAUUACCUCUUCAUUCCAGGUCAUCAGAGAGGAGAGCAAGAGGAGUGCUUUCGCAGCAACUGUGAAAGGAUUGGUAGAUGACCUGGAUAUCAAAAGACCAAGACAGAUCAGCUCCAUAAAGAACUUAUACAACAAGACCUACUGGUUCUGGAUCCUCGUUAUUACGUAUGGCCUAGUGUGCCAGGCAUUUCGAAGUUCCACGAUGUCACCGGAUCGGGCGAAGUUCAUAAACAAUUCAGAGACUGUUGUGACCUUCCUGCUCCUGGCUGAUAUCAUCCUCAGAUUCAUUGCCGACUGGCGGGGCUUCCAACAUGACAAGAAGAACUGGGUUGAUCUUGGGCUAGCUGUCAUUACUAUGAUUAUCCUGCUCCCGCCAAUCAGGCAUUCUGGUCAGCCCUAUGCUUGGCUAACACUGUUUCAAAUUUUGAGGAUAUAUCGUAUCAUCAUAGCGGUGCCAGUCACCAGGAGCUUGAUUACUCUUGUCCUUGGAAAUUCAAGCGGUAUCGGCAACCUCAUGCUAUUCGUCUUCUUGGUGACCUUCCUGAUGUCAAUUUUUGCCGUACAAUUGUUCCGUGGCGAGUUAACUCCAACGGACCCUUAUGGCAACAUUAUUAAGGUCUCCUUCUUCAACAUUUACAACGCUUUUCUCGGGAUGUACCAGAUAUUGUCUAGCGAGAACUGGACAACCAUGGUUUACAAUAUCACUGCUUUCGACACUGCUCAUAACACUGCUUGGAUGGGCGCUUUGUUCCUCAUCGCCUGGUUCAUUCUCGGCAAUUUCAUCCUGGUAAACAUGUUCAUAGCUGUUAUCCAGGAGAAUUUUGAUGUAUCCGAAGACGAGAAGCGCAUGUACCAAGUCAAGGCAUUUCUAAAUCGAAGAGAACUUGGGGGCUCUUCGAGUAAUCUAUCUUUGUCGGCCAUAUUCCGCUUCGGUCGUUCCAGAACCAAGAAGGACGCCUUGGACUAUGGCCCAGCGACGAUGGAGAUGCUAUUAAAAGACGCCGUGGUGAAGGACUUCCUCGAUGACGAAGCUGGGAGCAGGCAAGAACCAGAACCCCAAACUGCUGAGGUAAACGUAGAGAUGCCUGCCGUGAACCCGGGUGUGCUAUCCUCCCUCUGGGGAAAGUUUGUGAAUCGAGUCUGGGACCGGGAGCCAAAUCCGUUCUAUUCUAACAUCCACUUCUCUGGAACCGACGACACAGAUGCCAGGACGAUGGCAAAGGAAGCAGUAACCCAAACAUCACAACGCAAAAAAGCACAGCGCGAGUAUUUGGCCCGGCACCCAAAUUACAACAACUCUUUGUUUAUAUUCAAGCCGAACAACCCUGUUCGACGAUUCUGCCAGAGGAUUGUUGGGCCUGGCCGCGGAAAUGAGAGAUUUGACGGCGUGGAGCCGAACAAGGUUGUCUGGUAUGCUUUCUCCGCGUUCAUAUAUGCUGCAAUAGUGGCAAUGGUUUUGCUUGCCUGCAUAACCACUCCCCUAUAUCAGAAGGAAUACUUUGGCAAGCAGCAAUUCAGCGUGAAGAAUUGGUUCGUAUGGUCCGACAUGGCUUUUGCUAUCUUAUUCACCGUCGAAGCCGCCAUCAAAGUUAUUGCAGACGGAUUCUUUUGGACGCCAAAUGCAUAUUUCAGGAGCUCAUGGGGGGCCAUUGACUUUGUUGUCCUCGUCACUUUUUGGGUCAACGUCCUCACUGCACUGUUGAAUGAAGGUGCAGUGUCGAGAGCCAUAGGGGCCUUCAAAGCCUUGCGAGCCUUAAGACUCCUUAACGUUAGUGAUAGUGCUAGGGAUACGUUUCAUUCCCUCAUCAUUGUUGGAGGCUGGAAAAUCUUCUCUGCUGCCUUUGUAUCUUUGUCUCUCCUGAUUCCGUUCGCCAUUUAUGGCGUAAACCUUUUCAAUGGCCAGAUGGAGAUAUGCAAUGACAACCAGAGCGGGAUAACGAAUCUCUCUGACUGUUUUGGAGAAUGGAACAGCACCCCUUUCAGCAACAAUUGGAGUUUACUUGCGCCGAGAGUGGCAGCCAACCCGUAUUACAGUUUCGACAACUUUCCGAGCUCUUUGUUCAUUCUUUUCCAAAUCGUUUCUCAGGAGGGCUGGAUUGACGUCAUGUGGAGCGCAGAAUCCAUCACCGGUCGAGGCCUUCAACCCCAGUACUUCGCCUCCCAAGGCAACGCAGUCUUCUUCGUUAUCUUCAAUCUUCUUGCCACAGUCUUCAUACUUACGUUGUUCAUUACGGUGUUUAUGCGCAACUACACUGAACAAACCGGCGUGGCGUUCUUGACUUCAGAUCAAAGAUCGUGGUUAGAAUUGAGGAAACUUUUAAGACAAGUUUCACCGUCAAAGCGGCCCUCCAACACAGACAGACAGAAGUGGAAGGAUUGGUGCUAUAAGAGAGCCGUGAGAAAGCAUGGUAAAUGGCAAAUGACCAUGACCAUAGUUCUUGUCUUACACCUUAUCCUUUUGAUGGUGGAAUACUACCCCGAACCAUACUGGUGGGAGCUUACGCGGACCUACAUCUUUUUGGUAUUUACCGUGUUUUACAUGGCGAAUGUCAUUGUUAGGAUUGUUGGGCUUAGCUGGUCGCGGUUCAGCAGAAGUUCAUGGGAUCUGUUCUCGAUCUUCGCCGUUUUUGGAACCUUCACUGCCACAAUUUUGGUCAUAGCAAGACCGAACUCGCAAACGCUUCUUCAACUGCAUAAGACGUUUUUGGUUCUAAUCGUCCUUCUUAUCAUCCCGCGCAACGAUGCGCUGGACCAGCUGUUCAAGACAGCAGCUGCCAGUUUGCCAAAUAUUGGCAAUCUUCUUGCGACUUGGUCCGUUCUGUUUCUAGUCUUUGCCAUCGCGCUGACUCAGACAUUUGGCCUCACUCGGUUCGGGGGCCAGGAGACAGGCAACAUUAACUUCAGGGAUGUACCUAAAGCCCUCAUUUUGCUCUUUCGCAUGAGUACUGGCGAAGGUUGGAAUCAAAUCAUGGAAGACUUUGCGGGUAUUAAGCCGCCGUUUUGUGUAGAAGGCGAGACGUUCUUCGAAAGUGAUUGCGGAAGUACAUCUUGGGCCAGAGCCUUGUUCAUAUCCUGGAACAUCCUGAGCAUGUACAUUUUCACAAGCUUAUUCGUCUCGCUCAUCUAUGAGAGUUUCAGUUAUGUGUACCAGCAUUCAAGUGGACUUGGAAAAGUCAGUCGCGAAGAGAUUCGACGAUUCAAACAGGCAUGGGCAACCUUGGAUCCUGAAGGGACCGGAUUCAUUACCAAAGAGCAAUUUCCACGGCUCUUGGGCGAACUCUCUGGACUUUUCGAGAUGCGCAUUUACAGCCAAGAACACUCCGUUCGGAGAAUCCUGGAAGACAUACAAUCAGAGCCUGCGGGGGGCAGAAUCCUAUCCAUGUCGUCUGUAGGUGGAGCGAGUGGCGUGGAUUUGAAGGCAUUGAAUAAAAGGCUCUCUCAAAUCGACCCAGCGGAAGUCCGAAAAUCAAGAGCUCGUUACAACCUCUUUUAUGAAGAAGUUAUGGUCUCGGCCGACGUUGACCGAGGGAUAUCCUUUACUUCUGUGUUGUUGAUCCUGGCCCAUUAUAAUGUCAUUAGCGAUAACAAGAGCCUGAGAUUGGAAGAGUUUUUACGCCGUCGGGCACGUUUACAAAGAGUCGAGGAGGAAGUCCGCAGGCGGAUUGUUCUUGGUUUCUUUGAUACCAUGUACUGGUCGAGGAGAUUCCGAAAACACAUGGAGAAUAAGAGGUCAGGACGCAUGACUGACAUACCCCAGCUUGGCCCGGAGGUCUUUGUCGACGACACGUACGAUAUAACAAAACAAGCCAAGCCAUCGGUCUCGCCAUUCCUUUCGCCAUUUGAGGGAGGGGAUUCUCGUGAUUCUCGUGAUUCUCGUGAAGCUUUCAUCACUUCUGGCUGGGAUGUUGGUCGAACUCGACGAGGCACGGAAACGUCGAUCAGCGGCCUUCCAACCUCCCCUACCAGCCCCGGGUUAUCGCCAAAGCAAAGCGCUCAUAAAGCAUCCAAUUCUAGCUUUAGCUUGGAGGCCGAAGAUGCUGGGAAUGGAGGCGGGUCCGGUAGGAGUAGCAGGCGCGGAAGCACAGCCGAGAAUGUCCUCGAGGUGCUUGACAAUUCUGCUUGGGGCGAGAGCAUUCGACGCAGUUUCACGAUGAAACGACCAUCUGGAGCUGGAGGGCGAUAUUCGUAG